GCACGCGUCGCGGCCAAAUUUUUCGAUUUCGUGCGCAGCUUGCAAAAAGAAUUGUCCUUGGAGCAUACUUGACGCGUUUGGGAAAAUUCUACGAUGAGUGGUCUAAGUUCCAGUGAUGAAUACACUGAAGAGGAUCUGCUGCAUGUUUGCGAAGAUUUGGGUCUGCCAUGCGACGAAGAGAACGUUGGAUUACUGAGGGACGCAAUCGAUGAGAUCAUCUUGGAAUCAGAAUCAGGAAGCGACGAUGAAAGAAAUGAUGGUACACUGUUUGGAGGUUUGAGCCUCUCCGACUCCUUGCCAUCGACUGGAAGAAGUGGAUCGGUCAGUCCAAAAGAGUUUGCGUCUCCUAUACGUCGUUCAGAUAGAAACAACCUAUCACAUCCCGGUUACCAUGGAGAACAUGGAGGACGGAAUAGGGAGGUUCCACUUGAUUUGCCGACAUCACAGGAGAAUGAAGAGUUACGACGUUACAACCCUACCGCUUAUUUCCUGCUCAAUGACGCAUGGCGCUGUCUUAGCAACGUUUAUGGAACUAUGUCGAUUAUGGAAGACUUGCAAAUCAAGUUGUCGUCAACCAGAAGAAGGUCGUCUUCACAUGGAAGAGUGCAGCGAGAUAUUCUCAGACUUGAUUUGAGAGACGAAAAUAAAGAGAACAGGGCUCAAUCAUGCAACUAUCGAGAUGUUGCCUACCCAAAAUAUAGUGAGCGCUCUACUGAGACAGGAGUUUCAAACGACCUCCAAUCAGCCGCAGAUAAAGCAAACUUCCAGCCGGACCCCAGCAUUCGUCCCGUGAACCGGUUUGUUCCUGGUCAGCUGCUUUAUCGACAUGACCCAGUGAAGAGGUUCGAAUUGUAUCGAGAGGAAUGGGCUAGGAAGCCAGCCCCGGGUGAGCAGAAGCGACUAGCAUUGCGGUGGAAAGUACGGGAGUAUAUGCUUAGGCAUGAUAUCCCGCAAUUUGAUCCAAGAAAUCCUCCACCUCCAACAGCGUUUCAUCCAAAAGAUUGGUCUCCUCGACCAUAUAUCGACUAAGCACUUUUUGUUCUUCUUCGUCAACAUCUUGCUACCAUGUGUAUUAUCUGCUCUUUCACUGUACGCUGAAUUCUAUACGUUGAUCUCCGAAAAAAAGGUGCAUCUUUUUCGCUGAUAUUCUCAUUAUGAUCACAGUGACUUCGCAAGUAUCUGCAUUUGAUUCACUUGGCAUAAUCAUAUCGUUUCACUCAUAAAAAUUUUAUUUUCGAAUUCUGUGAGUAUGAUCUUUGGC